AUGCAAUGUAUCUUGUUAUUAAUGUUUUUAAAUAUACUGGUUGUGGAAGGGACGAUUAAUUACUGUGGGGCUAAAAUGUGUGGAUAUACUAACGCUCAUACAUUUUGUCGUUAUUCUCCCGGUCCAAAUCUUUCAUGCAUGGGGUACAUUGAUUCAAAUCUCUCGCUAGAAGAGCAAGCUCGAGUCUUGGCUCGUUUAAAUCAGAGGCGAAGCGAAGUAGCGCGUGGUAUACGUGGAUUACCAACAGCUGGGAACAUGUUAAAAUUGCGUUGGGUGGAUGAAUUAGCGCGAGAAGCUCAGCGUUGGGCCGACCAGUGUCGACCGCCCACUACUCCGGAAGAACAUGACGCUUGUCGUGAUCUGUUCUCCAUAUCAGUCGGGCAAUGCGUAGCGUCGGUGGUGGGCGAAGCGCCAGGGCUGCGCCCGGAGACGAUGGUCGAUAUAUGGUUCAUGCAAAGUAUGAACUAUAACGGAAAUGCGACCUCAUACAAACCUCCAUAUAAAAAUAACUACGAUGACUUUGCUCAAAUGGUCUGGUCACGAACAUACAUGGUGGGAUGCGGAAGAAGCAAAUUUAUGAUACCAUGGCAUGAUCGUCAUCGUACUGUGGAGAGGUUAGUGUGCAACUUCGCGCCUAGAGGACCUGUUCCCUGGCAAGCAUUGUGGAUACCUGGUGUUCCUGCCUCCUCCUGUCCGCCGCGAACUCGUCCAGAUAGCGACUCACCAGCGCUGUGUACUUUUCAAUAUGAUAUGGAUGAAACAUAUGAUGAAGAUAACGUAAUGACGACUGAAGAGCAUUUACUGUUAAAUACAAUUAUGUUGCUUGAAAAAAAUCCGUCCUUGAAUAACAUUGGAAAUUUAGAUGAAAUCUAUUUGACGAAGUUAGCUGUGGCUACUAUUUAUAGUUCAGCUUUAACCGAUUUGCCGUUUAAUUCUAUACAAAAACGUGAUUUAGUAAAUAAAAAUAAUUCUGAAAAUACUCGAGGUACAACAGAUAUAAAUAAAGAAUUGAAUGUUACUGAAGGUAUCAAAAAUAAAUCAAUUCUUAUAACGAGUAAAAAACUGUUAAAACUUAAAGGUUUUGUUGGUCGACCAAAAACCUAUGAUUUAGAAGAUUUGAAUGAUCAGAACAAUCAUCGAUUCAAUGAUGACAAAUUAGAAGGAACUUUAAAUCAGAGAAGAGAUGAUUACGAUGGUUACAAAUUGCUGGAAAUUAGAGAUAGCACGACAAUCGCAAAUAUUACUUCGACAGAAACUACUUUUCCUUCAUACGACACUACCCUGAGUGUCAUUACCGUGACAAAUAACAUAGACACUACGUUGCCUGUGGAAACUCUAGGAAAUUCAACUACUAAAAUGUUAGAAACAUACAUUGACGAAAUCGUUUCAAACCUAACUCUGUCAAAUAUUUUAAAUGAAACGGCUAUAGAUGAAAAUGAUAUUGAAGAAUAUCUGUCUAAUCCUGAAACGGUUCGUCAGAUACAAGAAAGUUUAAAACGUAUGGAGUACAAGUUGGCAUCGCCGGAUAAUGUUUCGGGAAAGGUUCGAAGGGAAUUGAGAAAUGUUGAACGAGAUCAAAAUCAAAACAAGAAUCGAGGAAUACUUUCUGAAGAAGCAGAAAGGAACAAAUCUAUAGAAAGGGGACCAAUGCUAAAUAUGAUGUUAAAAUAUGUACCAUACUUGAAACAAUAUGAAAAGGAUAUCAUAGGCGGUACUAGUACAACUGGAACAAAUAAUUUUUCUAUCUAUUUGUAUACUUUUUCUUGUACAAUUUUUUUAUUUAUGUAUAUUGUCUAGAAUUUUUACUUUGAUAAUUUUUGUUGUUGUAUUUGAAUUUUCAUGUUAAUACAUUUAACUGUUAUUACAAUUUCGUAGAAAUAAUUCUUUAUAUCAUUCACUAAACUAUAACUUAAUAAAUAAUACGAAAUAU